ACCACCGCACACCCGCCGCCGACGAACCACCACCGCCGUUCACCCUCUUGGUUUUCGACGAACCGCCACCUUCCUUCUCCUGCUCUCUCUCUAUCCAUUUUCGCCGUUGCAGGACAGCCGAACCAUCUACAGAACACAUCCUCCGAAAUUUUUUUUUUUCUCAACAAUUGGAGGGCAGGAAAUCCACCUUCGAAACCCUAAUUCGCCAACCCCAAAAAUCCUAGCGCCCAUGGUGUCGAAGAAGAAGCAAUUCGAAGGCAUUGCUAUGUUGUCCAUGUACAACGACGAAGAAGAAGAUGAAGACAUGGAAGAUAUUGAAGAACAAGAAGAAGAAGAUGAUGAAAAAAUGGAGCGACAAGAAGCAGAGAGAGAGCAACAAUAUGAUGAUUACAUGGAUUCGAGAAUGGCAGAACAGGAUGAUUCAUUGACCAAAAGCAGAGAUAGAAUUGGCGGUGAUGCUGCUAAUGAUGACUCGCCACCGAUUGCCAGUCAGAAUACAACGCCACAGCCUCAAACGCCACCGCCUCGAGUUACGGCAGUGUCACCGCAGCAAGAGGCGGUAGCUGCAUCAGAGAGUGUGAGGAUGAAUGGGAGACGGAAGCUUACGAUUGUGGACUAUGGUCACGAUGAAGUUGCUAUGUCUCCUGAGCCUGAGGAAGGAGAAAUAGAAGGAAGUGGUCGGGUCAUGUUUGGAUCGGAGCUUCAAACUGCGAAUGGUUAUUUCCAAGAGAAACCACCUCCUGGAACUGUUCAGGCUUUAACAGCUAGCAAUCCAGUAACUCUAUCAUCUGAUCCGUCAUAUGAUACAAUGAACUAUGCUAUCCAGGAAUCAGAGGGAGCACAGUUUGAUGAAGCUGUUAUGGAACAGGAAAAAGAAAUUGAUCCAUUAGACGCGUUUCUCCCACCACCACCAAAAGAUAAGUGCUCGGAGGAGCUACAAAGGAAAAUAAAUAAGUUUCUUGAUUACAAGAAAUAUGGAAAAAGCUUCAAUGCAGAAGUACGGAAUAGGAAGGAUUACAGGAACCCUGACUUCUUGCUACAUGCAGUGAGGUAUCAAGAUAUCAAUCAAAUAGGGUCUUGCUUCAGUAAAGAUGUAUUUGACCCUCAUGGAUAUGACAAAAGCGACUACUAUGACGAAAUAGAGGCUGAUAUGAGGCGUGAGGAACUAGAAAAGAAGAAGAAUAAUAAGGUUGAAUUUGUUUCUGGAGGAACACAAUCUGGAACAGUCGCUCCUACACCAAAAGUUAAUAUGCCUAUUCCAGGUGUUUCAACUGCAGCUGCUACUGGUUUGCUAUCUGUGCCACCUGCAGCCGAUACCACUACUAGGGAUGGUAGACAGAACAAGAAAUCUAAGUGGGAUAAGGUGGAUGGGGAUCGAAGAAAUUCUUUGUCCUCUGGGGGCCAGGAUUCUAUUUCUGCAGCUGGGGCUCAUGCAGCACUCUUAUCUUCUGCUAAUGCUGGCACAGGGUACAUGGCUUUUGCGCAGCAAAGACGGUGGGAAGCAGAAGAAAAAAAAAUCUAGUGAAAGGAAGGUGGAUAGAAGAUCUUGAGCCACGAGUGAAUUAUCAUACAACAUUUUGAAGUGGAUAAAUCCAUUUUCUUUUUCCUCACUUAUUAAAGGCCAUGUUAUGGCCUUGUAUCUUUUUUACACAUGGGUCCUGUAUAUGGCAAGAAUGAAAAUGUAUUUUUGUCUCUCAUUAGUGCUUUGGCCCCCCAUUUCUAUGAUCUUAGGAUUAAUUUUAUCUUUUCUCCCAGGAAUAAUCUAUUGUAGUGAAGUAGCAUUUUCUUUCAA